GAAUUGCAGGAGGCACCAGUGCCCUCCGCCGCGGAGGCCUGUCGCUCUGAUCGGGUGCACCUGCGUCUCUGGCUGAUCCUAGCCUUGGCCCGUCUCUGGUAUCACAACGACGAGGCGCGGUGGUGUGGUGUACGUCACGGGGUGCAUGAAGUGCUUUUUACUUACCUGCGGGACGUUUCACCGGAGGUACGCGCUGCAACGGUGUUUGCGCUAGGUACUUUCGUCAACAACUGGCCCGCCAAUGGACGCGAUGAUGCACAAGCCUUUGAGCUGAGCCAGCAGGUGGGAGCACAGCUGGUUCUGAUCUCAGUUGGCGAUGCCAGUCCCCUGGUUCGACGCGAAUUGGUGGCAGCGCUUUGCGGCCUGGUGGUCCAGCACGAGGCUCAACUUAUUGCAACCGCGCACCAGCGAUGGUCCUGCCUUCCCGUCGUGUCUGCUGUGAGCCAGCUCCCUUUAUCUUCGUCCUCGACGUCCUCUGUGGUUGCCACUCGCCAUACUUCGAUUGGUAAGUUCACAUCUUGA